AUGUCUGAUAAAGAUAUUCAUCUAAAUAAAUACAAUGAAUUGAGAAGUAUCUACAAAUACUAUAUCGAUUCAUAUAAAGCAUUGUAUCAGUUAAAAACAGAAAACGAAGAAGAAAUACACAAUAUUUACAAAAUGAUCAAAACUGAACUUAUUGAAUCAAUGAAAGAUCUUCCUCAAAAUAUAAUUUAUACUAUUUUCAACUUCAUUCCGUUUAAUAAUCGCUACAUAAAGUCUUACUUGAAACUUGUGAAAUUAAUUUCGGAUAAUUAUCAUGUAACAAUGGUAAAAGGAAUUCCACAUUUUGCACACAGACUAUUUUAUAAAGAAUACGGAAUUAAUUUAUGGCAGGAUGAUAGAUUCGAAAAAAUGGAAUUCAUAAAUCCUAACGUACUAUCAGAAGAUACAAUUUACAGAGCAAUUAUGAAUAAUGACAAAGAAAGAUUCAUAUACUUCACCGAAAGAGAUGGAUUUAAUGAAGAUCAAAAACUUGUCAGUUGUUUAUAUCCACAAACAAACAAAGGAUUUUCAUUACUUGAAUUAUGUUGUUAUCACGGAGCAGUUGAUUGUUUCAAAUUAUUAAGAACGAUAUUUGAAUCAGAAAUAACUAAAACAUGUCUUAAGUUAUCAUUUUUAGGAGGAAAUGCCGAAAUCAUCAAUGAAUGUUUGAAAUAUCAAAAACCAAAUGAAAAAUGCAUGAAAUAUGCAAUUAUUUCACACAACAUUGAUUUUGUUACAUUCUUAAUGAAUGAAUACAAUCUAGAGAUCGAUUUAGAAGCUUGCAUCGAAUGUCAUAAUCUUGAAUCGUUAUUAGUUUAUUUUGAUCAAGCAAAUGAUGUUAAAAGAUGCUUUGUUUAUAGUGCAAAAUUAAAUAUUUCAUCCCUUUCGAAAUAUUUCUUUUCACUUGGUGCAAAUAUCAAUGAAAAAAUUGAAGAAGGAUGGACAGCUCUUCAUUUUGCAGCAUUUCAUAACAGUAAAGAUACUGCCAAUUUUCUUAUUUUACAUGGGACAAAUAUCAAUGAAAAAAAUAUUAACGGAAACACAGCUCUUCAUGUUGCAGCAUUUCAUAACAGUAAAGAUACUGCCAAACUUCUUAUUUCACAUGGCGUAAAUAUCAAUGAAAAAGAUAAAUUUGGAAACACUCCUCUUUAUACUGCCGCAUACUAUAACAGUAAAGAUACUGUCAAUCUUCUUAUUUCACAUGGUGCAAAUAUCCAUGAAAAAGAUAAAUUUGGAAGCACUCCUCUUUAUCCUGCAUGUAUGUACAAUAGUUUAGAAACAGUCAAACUUCUUAUUUCACAUGGUGCAAAUAUCAAUGAAAAAAAUAAGUAUGGAGUAACAUCUCUUCAUGUUGCAGCACAAAAUAAUAGUAAAUAUGCAGCAGAACAUCUUAUUUUAUAUGGUGCAAAUAUCCAUGAAAAGGAUAUAUCUGGAGAGACCAUUCUUCAUUAUGCAGCUAUUAACAAUAGCCAAGAAAUCGCCGAACUUCUUCUUUCAUAUGGUGCAAAUGUUAAUGAGAAAGAUAUAUAUGGAAUCAGCGCCCUUCAUGCUGCAACUAUUAAUAAUAGUCAAGAAACUGCCGAACUUCUUCUUUCUCAUGGUGCAAAUGUUAAUGAAACAGAUAAUAGGGGUUCCACUGUUCCUCAUUAUGUAUCUAUUUAUAAUAGUAAAGAGACUGCUGAACUUCUUCUUUCACAUGGUGCAAAUAUCAAUAAAAAAUUAUUAUGGAGAAAUUGCUCUUCAUUGUACAGCACGUAA